CGAGCACCCCGCCGGCUUCCAUUGUCCGCGCCCCACUGCACGGCCUCCGCCGGUGACCCGACCGGUCAGAGCGAGCGAGGGCCGCCGGAGGAGAUCACCGGUCGCACCGGUCCGACCACUGAGAAAGUGGUGUGUGCCGCUGCCCGGGCAUCCCGUGUCCACGCGCAGCCACUACCGAGGCCCACUCGGAGGCGGGAGAGGAGCCGAGCAGCCAGUGCCCUUCGUGUCACCGAGACAUCAACACGGGGCGCGACAUCACCGGCCACCUCUGGGGCAUCGGCACCGAACUGAGGGGACCUCAGCCCUGAAAACCUCGUCAGCACCGCUCCGCCGCGCCGCUGCUGCCGCGACCGAUACUUCUCCUCCGACACCAAGAGCAACAUCUCGUGAGGCAGCCAUGCGCGUCCGACCUUCUCUUGUGGUGCCGCUGCUGCUGCUGGUAAUUGCUGGACCACCGCUGCCGGUGUCAGCAGCCGGCGAGGUCAACGCCACCACCACGCCGUCACCGACCGCGGAGGGCGCCGGUUCGAACCGCGGCGGCCGCAGCUGUUUCGGCCUGACCUGCUGGCUGAACUCGCUGUCGAAUCUGCUGCGACCGAAGCCCCCGAAGCACGUGACGGUGGCCGUGCCGGCGCCGCAGCAGACUAUCGUGGUCGAACUGGAGCCGGAGCCGGAGCAGGAGCACCAGAUCAUCAUCCCGGUGGACGUGCCGCAGCAGACCUCGCACCAGGUGGUCGUCGCGCAGCCGCCCCAGCAGCAGCUGGUGGUCGCCCAGCAGCCUCAGCAGCAGCUGGUGGCCUACCAUCCGCUCCAGCAGCUCGUGGCCUACCAGCCGCAGCACCAGGCGGUGGUCGCGCAGCCUCACCAGCAGCUGGUGAUCGCCCAGCCGCAGCAGCAGGCUGUCGCCCCGGUGCAGGUGGCCCACCGACCUGUACAUCAGGUGGCCCACCGGCCGGUUCAUCAGGUGUCCGUGCAGCCGCAUAAGCCCGUGACGCCGCCCUGCGUUGGAUCACACUGCCAGGGUCAGACAUACCCCGCUCCAUGCUCGUACGGCAGCUGUCCCCCGGCGGGCGGCUGCAGCAGCCACCAGGACUGCGCCGGCAUCGGCGUCUGCAUCGGCUCCCGCUGCGUCUACUGCCACAGGGACGAGGACUGCACGGGCGGCGGAUUCUGCCGCGCCGGGGCCUGCUACGCCCCGCGCCCGGUCGGCGGCCGCUGCUCCCGGGGCUCUCAGUGCCGCUCGGGACACUGCGGCCGGCGAGGAGUGUGCGUGGCCUGCCUGUACGCGUCUGACUGCCCCAGCGGGGUGGGCUGCACGCAGCACGGUCUGUGCGCGGGCCCCGUGCAGCCCUCCUGCCUGCCACACGGCUGUCCGCCGGGUCAGAGCUGCCUGGGUGGCCAGUGCGUGCCGGCGCCGCCCCCAUCCUGCGCCGCCGUCCUCUGCCUCGAGGGCACCAUCUGUGUGGACGGCGAGUGCGUGCCACGUCCUGACUCCUGCGCCGCAGUCCUCUGUCCCGUAGGCUCUAUCUGCGUGGAUGGCGAGUGCCGACCGGGGCCCGAUUCCUGCGCCGCAGUCCUCUGUCCUGAGGGGUCCGUCUGCGUCGAUGGAAAGUGCCUGUCGGGGCCCGCCUCAUGCGCUGCCGUCCUGUGCAUCGAGGGCACCAUUUGCGUAAACGGCGAGUGCGUGCCAGCGCCUCCGCCCCCCGGCUCGUGCGCUACCAUCCGCUGUCCGUCAGGUACCCUCUGUGUGGACGGAGAGUGUCGGCCGAACCGACCGACGCCGGCGCCACUCCCCUGCAGCACGGACUCCGACUGCGGCUCCAGUCUGUACUGCCGCCCGCACGGCGGCGGCUGCCAGCCCAAGCGGGCCUCCGGUAAGUUCUGCACGUCCAACAACCAGUGCCAGUCGGGCCGCUGCCUGGACUCGCCGGUACUGGGGCGGACCGGGCGCUCCCAGCCGGCGCCGCUGGCGCUGCCGUUCUCCUCGCGCUGUCAGUAGUGACAGCAGAGGGCGCCAGUGUUUGUAGUGACAGCAGAGGGCGCCAGUGCUGUCAGAUGCUAUCGGUGUAGUGACAACAGAGGGCGCCAUUGCUGUCAGAUGCUGUCAGUAGUGACAACAGAGGGCGCUAGUGCUGUCAGAUGUUGUCGGUAUAGUGACAGCAGAGAGCGCCAGUGCUGUCAGAUGCUAUCGGUGUAGUGACAGCAGAGGGCACCAGUGCUGUCAGAUGCUGUCGGUAUAGUGACAGUGGAAGGCUCCAGUGCUGUCAGAUGCUGUCAGUAAUGACAGCAGAGGGCGUAAGUGCUGUCAGAAAUUGUCAGUAGGCUAGUGUUAGCAGGGGGCGCCACCCACUGGUAACACCGUCACUAGUGCCAGCAGAGGGCGUUGGUGUCCGGUGUUUUCUGCUGGCUGCGGUGACAGUUUUAUCGGUGUGGAACUCUGGUGCUGCUGUCUGCGCGUGGCCUGUGUCUUUUGCUGAAUCUGUAAGUAGGUAUUGCAAGCAGGGGCAAGUUGAUCGUAAGUGACAGAAAAAUGAGGAAGGUUGAAGCUGAAGCCAGCCUGACAGCACAGUAGAGGGCGCUGCAUUGCUAGCGUUCGUGAGAAGCGAUGCCAAUGGACGUGUCAGAGGGCGCUGUCAGCGCUUCCAGUGUCUGCUUUCAGCGCUGACAGUACGUUCUACUAGCUGUCAGAAGCUGUCAGCGCUGUCAGUGUCGCUGGAACCUGUUAUCAGCGCUGCCAGCACUUGCUGUCAGCACUGUCUUUGCCUGCUGUUAGCGCCGAUCGUCGACGUGACGGCCUUCGAUAUUUGGCGUCGAUGUUCUGGUCUUGUGCUGUCAAAUGCCGUAUAAAAAAUAAGGAUUCCGUGCUCCGAUCAAAACAAUGUUAUAUCUGACUUAGGUAAACAUAAACAAUAUUGAAGUGGUGGUGGUGGUGGUACAAAUUUAUAUUUACCCUCUCGGCAUCAGUAAUAUUGGAUCUGUCCUUUUUGUUUAUCGUCGCUUCUAUGUAAAACGGCCGGAAAUGACCCGUUUUGUACAGCUCUGCUAUAUUCUGUCAUCUGCGACCGCAUUGAGCUUGCGAGACAAGUAACUAUAGAUAUGUACGAAUGCUGAGUGUGCUUAUUGCUAUGAACUGUUAUGCUCUGGUAUGAUGACGUUUUCAUGAUAAUACCUAAGGACUGAAGUCGAUAUAUGGCUCACAGCCUGUGGCCGUUGAGCGGAGUGCGCAUAUUUAUUGUGGUAGUUAGAUGGAUUGGCUUGAAUUGAACCUUGCUCAAUUUGAGAAAUAAAUGAAAUUUUUAUUCUGA